CUAGAUUGCAGUAAAUAUUGUGGUGUGUAAUGGCAAAUGCAUGACUUGAGCGAAUUAAUCUGAAAAACAUAACAAAAUUUUAUAAUUAAAUCAAUUCAAAGUAGGAUAAAUGAGUCAAAACAUAUAUAUUGAAAGCUCAAUAAAACUGUUUAUUUUUAGUUGAGUAUUCUCGGAUCACACGAGUUCUUAUCAUGAUGCUGUAUUUAAAACGCUUCAAAGCAAGGAUGCUUCUUGUGACUAUUAUAUGUCUCUCUCUGGCCUUACUCAUGUACAACAUAUUCUGGAAUGACCCUAUUCAUGCAAACCCAGAAUUUGCAAAAUGGCAGAAGAUUUUCGAUGAGAGCAAUAAACCUCGAGGGGUUUUUGUCGCAAAAAAUGACUCUUAUGAUGCAAUUGAUCAUGACGAUAAUGUGAUUGAUGAUCCUAUUGAUGAGCCGUUUAUUUCACGAGUCAAACAAUUUAAACUGAAUUGUUCAGGAAUAAUUAACGGUGAUGCUCAAGUUAUAAGUGAAACUAAAAUUGCUCUUCAUGGGAGUAACAAGGAAGUGAUCAGUAGCGAUUAUUUCAUCACCGCAACAAAGACAUGUAGAGAAUUCCGCAAGGACUUUGGCUAUAGCAACAUCACAGUUAGUGACAUAGAAAAGGAGUUCCCUAUAGCUUAUAUACUCUCUGUGCACCAUAAUGUAGAACAAGUGGAAUUUCUCCUCCGUAACAUAUAUUCAUCUCAAAAUCUUUACUGCAUUCACUUGGAUAAGAAAUCUACAGAGAGCUUUCAGGAUGCUAUACAAUACAUAGCUAGAUGUUUUGAUAAUGUCAUGGUCUCCUCUAAACUUGAAAAUGUAGUGAUCGGAGGGCCUGGGAGACUGAAAGGUGAAAUCAACUGUAUGCGAGACCUACUUAAUAAAGAUCAGCAGUGGAAAUAUGCAAUUAACCUUGCGGGGACAGACUUCCCAUUGAAAACCAAAGAGGAAAUCGUUCAACAUUUGAAGACUUUGAAUGGACAGAAUGACAUUGCAGGAGUUGAACAGUUUGAUGAAUCAAGAACAAAAUAUGUCCACAAAAUGGUGGGAUCAUCUGAUAACUGGGUCGUUGCAAAAACUGAUGAGCUGAAACAACCACCUCCUUUAAAUAUAUCAUUAUACUCAGGAGUGGAAUACUAUCUUGCUAGUUACAAGUUUGUACAGCAUGUUGUGUUUGAUUACCUAGCAACAAGUCUUUUAAAGUGGUCCCUAGAUACAUUAUUCCCCGAGAAGACAUAUUGGGCAACAUUACAGCGUCAGCAAGGCACCCCAGGUGGUACCCUCGACACUACUUGGAGGACAAUGGCUCGUAUUAUGAAACUGAAAUCUACAGAGGGGAAAUACAAUCCUCCAUGUGAAGGCAUGUAUACUGGUAAUGUAUGUGUUCUGGGUGUAGAGGACUUGCCCUAUAUAGCAAAUCAAGACAGGUUAUUUGCUGGUAAGCUUGACUUGUACUAUGACCAUUAUGCACUUUAUUGUAUGAUGGAGAGACUAGCUCCUAGCUUUAGACAGAUGAACAAACACAUAGUAGCUGAUCAACAAGCCAUUCCGAGGCUUCUAGUUGAUAAACCAAAUGAAGCAAAUAAUGUUAUAAAUCCUGGACAUGAAGUAGUGAACCCUAUAAGGGAAAACAAUGUUGUUGAAGUUAAUCUAUAGAUGGUCGAAAGGAUUGGAAAAUUAAAAUGUUUAUCAUCAUCCAAUCAACACGCUUCAUGAAUAUUCAUGGACACUAUAUAAAAUGUCAGGAGCUUGAUUUCAUUUACAAUUUUACUUGCACCAAAUGAAAAGAAGUUCCUCUGUACAUAACCUCUUUCACAUAGAUUAGCAUGUGCCUGUACCUGUAGCAGAAUCCUUAAAAAUGGUUUUAAUUCUACUCUCUUUGAAUAAGAGAUCUUUUAAACUAGCCUUAUUUAGGCAGAUUAGGUCAAACAAAUUAAGCUUAGUCAAUGAAAAAUGCAGUUGCAGAAUAUCAUUUCAUACUCAAGCUCCAAUUGAAGGCCAUUACAGAUACAUAUGGGGUCAUUAAGAUCAGCAUCAAAACUUUACAGCUGUCUUUUGUAGUGAGAGGGUCAUUAUUAUUACUGGCCUCUUGGUUUCAGGAUUCUGCAACAGCUGUGUUCGUUCAUGACCAAUUAAUCUACUUUCAUUGUUGCAUGUACAAUCACAUUUUAUUGACAAUCAAUUUUUAAUAGAACUAUGAAACGCUUUAGAAUCAAGUAUUCUUUUUUAUUAUAUACCCAAUAUGUAACACUAAUCCUGAUAGGUCAAUACCUAGUCACAUGUCCCGAAAUAGAUUUACUAUCUCCCUUCGAAAGUUAUAUUCCCUCAAAUGAAAGAAGCGGGAAUAUACAUUUGAACUAUUGCCCGCUGAGGUCACGAUUGCAACUUCUAUUACCCUUGGAAACGUCUGCGCAUCAUCAAUGCGCAGAUGAAAAACAGAUAAAUUGAGGAUAAGCACAAACACAAAUCAGCUCCGUUCACCAUGACAGACGAGCAUGAACGAAACAAUAUACGCAAUGUGGAUAAAGUUCCCUAAGCUCUAUACGUCUGUCUAAUUUCAAGUGUUAUGAUAAUCUAUUUCACGUGUUAAACGCCAUUGAAUUUGUCAAGUGAGAGUCUCAGAAAUUUCUUAGGAAAAAAAUUCUGUUGAGCAUAUUAUGACGGACCUGGGGAGGGUUUUUAAGCCCUUUUGGCCUUCGGGGAGGAACGGGACAAGAGUCAGUAUAGGGUAUAUAAUAAAACAAAUAGUGACUGCCUAAUUUCGAGCAAUAGUGUAAAUGAUUUCCCCUUGGGAAUAUCCUCUGUAAUGUACUAUUCCCUCAGCCUAUUUGUCACUAUUUGUAUAAUAUAUGUUGAGUUCAUCUAGGGUAUAAAGCAUUAUAUUUGUGAAUAGUCAAUAUGUAGUGUAAAGUAGUGGUAGUCUUAAUCUAAUUCUUAAAUAAAUAUUUCACAAGUUUAUCUAAUUGUCUUCUAUAAGAUUUGAAUAUUGUUUUGUCUGAAAGUAUUAAGCAUUUUACCCUUGAUUUCAUAAAUUAAUACUUUACAUCGCAAAGCAAUGCCUUCCAUUGUAUUAUAAAGCAAUGCUUUCCAUUGUAUUAUAAAGCAAUGCUUUCCUUUAGAUCAUUGUCUAUCAUAGAAAAUAUAACGUUCAAAAUGAAAAAAGGUCAAUGAGCCAAUAGAGAAAACAUUCAUUUGGCAGAUAAUAAAAUAGUGCAUCAAUU